CAAUUUUUGACCCAAAAUAAAUAAAAAAAUAAAAGACGGGCUUCUUGAAGAGAAAGAAAAAGGGCACGCUAUAAAUUUAAAACCCAUAAAAAUAAACGCCUCAGUGAAGCGACCAAAUUAGACAGACCAAAAGAUCGGCUUCUGCUCCGAUUCAUCUCCGCCCACUCGCCGACGAUUCGACUUUCCUAGUAUAUAUAUUCAUUGUGCCCCGUUUUACAGCUUAAAGAUGGACGGACCUCCAAAAGGUGGCUUUAGCUUCGAUUUGUGCAGAAGGAAUGAGAUGCUUGUCAAAAAGGGUCUUAAGGGCCCUUCUUUUCUGAAGACCGGAACUACUAUUGUGGGAUUGGUUUUCAAGGAUGGCGUUAUUCUGGGGGCAGACACACGAGCAACUGAAGGACCUAUUGUUGCUGACAAAAACUGCGAGAAAAUCCAUUACAUUGCUCCAAACAUAUAUUGUUGCGGAGCUGGCACGGCUGCAGACACAGAGGCAGUGACAGAUAUGGUGAGUUCACAGCUCACAUUGCACAGAUAUCACACUCGCCGUGAGUCCAGAGUCGUGACUGCACUCACGCUGUUGAAGUCUCAUCUUUUCAGUUAUCAAGGAUAUGUUUCCGCUGCAUUGGUUCUUGGUGGAGUUGAUGUGACUGGGCCACAUUUGCAUACUAUCUAUCCUCAUGGCUCCACAGAUACUCUACCCUUUGCAACCAUGGGAUCUGGUUCACUUGCCGCCAUGGCUGUGUUUGAGUCCAAAUACCGUGAGGGACUAACUGAGGAGGAAGGAGUGAAACUAGUAGCAGAAGCCAUUCGCUCUGGUAUUUUCAACGAUCUGGGAAGUGGAAGCAAUGUAGACAUAUGCGUACUGACCAAGAGCGGUAAGAAGUACCUUAGAAACUACGAGAUGCCUAAUCCUCGGACUUAUGUCAGUGAGAAAGGGUACUCCUUUACUAAGAAGACAGAGGUCCUGAUGACAAAGAUUACCCCAUUAAGGGAGAAAGUGGAAGUCAUCGAAGGUGGAGAUGCCAUGGAGGAGUGAAGAUGGUUCUCCGUGAUUUGAUUUUUAGUACCUUGAGGAAUGAAAAAUGUGAACCAGACAAGCCUUACAACCUUGAGACUAUCUUAAGAUUUUCUAGAUUGUACUCCGUAAUUUAUUUUUCUCUGGAUCUGUUGUUAUUCUUGCAAGUAUAUUGUUUUUUUUUGUUUUGUUUUUUUUUUCGCAUUGAUUCGACGGUAUCCUAGUAAAAUUGCAACUAAAUAUGAUGUCUAUCUCUUGAAUAACGAUGUUGAUUCUUGAAAGAGCAGGUGAAAAGAAGACAUUUUCAAAAUACAAACUGAUUAAAGCGGGAAUAUACUUGCAAGUAUAUUCUACAGUAGCGUAUAGAAUAUAC